GGAUGCUGAUGUAGACUCUGUUGCGGCUGUGAUGCUGCUGCCUGCUCGCCCAUCCAUUCCAUUCAGAGCAGCAUCCACACGGAGAGAGGACCAUGCAGGCGCUGCAGGCUGUGGGAAAACUAACUGCGGUCCAAACAGGGGGUUCUGAGAGCACCGUUUCUUGAUUUCUUUGUUUUGAUCGGGGUGUGUAAGCCUCGUGGAGGUCAGGACCACGAAAGAGAAACACCCUGCGCAUCACGUUUGCCAGAUGGAUAUUUUUUAAUCUGUAAGCCGCAGUGAGUGAACUGUCCCAGCAAUGACUUUUUUCCACUGGCACUGUUCAUGCGUGCCAUAAUCUGAAAACAACGUUAAUUCCCGUUAAUUCCCAUCAAAAACAAAUAGGCUGAGGAAAAACAGAAAACAUCUGAAGAAGAAAACGAAAAACAAGAACGGAUGGAUGGGAAAUAGGAUCAAAACAGUCCUGUUGCGAUUGUUUUCUUUACCAAAUUUGUGCCCUACGAAACAUUGACACACAUUACAAAAUUCAGGUUAUACCCAAGUAAAAUGGAGGAUAGUUUUGAUUGCGACUGUGGCGAACUUGAGCCACCUGAUCAUUGAGGGUCAAUCAUUUCUUUGAAGACUUUAAGGCCAGACUCAUUUCAGUUUUCUACAUUGGGUUACUUGAUAGGAAGAUAACAAAAUCAUUAAUAUUUAAAAAAAAAAAAAAAAGACAAAAAACAGUGCAUUAAGGCACACUUUACAUGAAACUGCUCAGGACCAGUCAUACACUGAAUGUAUCUGCACUGUAAGGAUGCAACUACAUGCUUUUAUAGUUAAAAAUAGUAUCAGUGCUUUUUAAUUGGCCUCAUUCCAAUCCAUUCCAUUGCAGUGUGAAAACAGUGUACUAUAUAUCAGAUAGGAUUUACAGAGGAAUUGAAUAUAAAGUUUCCUCUCCUUAUUCAAAAUGAAAAGAGAGAUGGAUUACACAGUUGUGCCCCACAUUUGACAGUGACAGUCAAACAGGGGGGACAGGGUAGUCAUCUGUACAGGGGUCAGUUAGCUCAGCCUCUGAAGCAGUAGGGGAAUUGUCACACAAAUUCCUGUGUUAUUGUUAAAAUUGGAUUUACAGCAGGCCAGAGACCAAACGUUAUAGAUAGCAGAAGCCUGGUCCAUAAAAGGCAAAACUAGUCAAUAUGGCGGAGAAGUUUGAGUCCCUGAUGAAUAUCCAUGGCUUUGACCUGGGUUCUCGCUACAUGGACUUAAAGCCUCUUGGCUAUGGAGGGAACGGCCUGGUGUUCUCAGCAGUUGACACCGACUGUGACAAGCGUGUAGCUGUGAAGAAAAUCAUCUUAACCGACCCCCAGAGUGUGAAACAUGCCCUACGGGAAAUCAAGAUUAUCAGACGCCUCGACCACGACAACAUUGUCAAGGUGUUUGAGACACUGGGGCCUAACGGUCGCAGGCUAACAGAGGACGUGGUGUCUCUGACAGAGGUCAACUCUGUCUACAUUGUACAAGAGUAUAUGGAGACUGACCUGUGUCAGCUGCUGGAGAGGGGCCUCCUGUCUGAGGGCCAUGCCAGGCUCUUCAUGUACCAGCUCCUCAGGGGCCUUAAGUAUAUCCAUUCUGCCAAUGUGCUGCACCGAGACCUCAAGCCUGCCAACCUGUUUGUUAACACAGAGGACCUGGUGCUGAAGAUCGGGGAUUUUGGGCUGGCCCGCAUCAUGGACCCCCAUUACUCUCACAAGGGCCAUCUCUCUGAAGGUCUUGUUACCAAGUGGUACAGGUCUCCUCGCCUGCUGCUCUCUCCUAACAACUACACCAAAGCCAUCGAUAUGUGGGCUGCGGGCUGCAUCUUUGCUGAGAUGCUGACUGGGAAAACCCUCUUUGCUGGAGCCCACGAAUUGGAGCAGAUGCAGCUGAUACUGGAGUCCAUCCCUGUGCUGCGAGAGGAGGACCGACAGGAGCUCCACAGCGUCAUCCCUGUCUUCAUCCGUAACGACAUGUCCUCACCUCACACACCGCUUGCCAAGCUGCUGCCUGAUGUCAGUCCCCAAGCCUUGGAUUUCCUGGAGAAGAUCCUGACAUUUAACCCCAUGGAUCGUUUGACUGCAGAGGAGGCCCUGGCCCACCCCUAUAUGGCUGACUACUCCUUCCCCCUAGACGAGCCUAUCUCUCUGCACCCCUUCCACAUUGAGGACGAAGUAGAUGAUAUCCUGCUCAUGGACCAGAGCCACAGCCACACCUGGGACAGGUAUCAUGAGAGCCAGCUGUCAGAGGCUGACUGGCAUUUGCACAGCACCCACGACCCAGACGAGGUACAGGUUGACCCAAGGGCUCUCUCUGAUGUAACAGACGAGGAGGAAGUUCAGGUGGAUCCUCGUAAAUAUGUUGAUGGAGAUCGGGAGAAGUUCCUGGAUGAGCCGUCCUACGACUACUCCACCAUGUUCCUGCCAGAGCGUUCCUGGCAGGAUGACGACCACCAUGAGAACAAAUACUGUGACCUGCAGUGCAGCCACACCUGUAACUACAAGGCUGUGUCGCCCUCCUACCUGGACAACCUCAUAUGGCGAGACAGUGAAGUCAACCACUACUAUGAGCCCAAGCUCAUCAUCGACCUCUCCAACUGGAAGGAGCAGCAGAGCAAGGAGAAGGCCGACCGCAAAGCAAAGAGCAAGUGUGAGAAGAAUGGGCUUGUGAAGGCCCAGAUUGCUCUGCAGGAAGCCGAGAAGACCCAGAGUCCAGCGGAGAAGGACAGAGAGCAGGAGAAACAUCAGACAGAGAAGCCUCAAAGCCAGCAGAACCAGGGCUUCGACUUUGACUCCUUCAUCGCCAGCACCAUCAAACUGAGCCUGCAGCCUGAGCCCUGUCAGGAGGCUGCCCUGCUCAACGAGGUGGGCCUCCUGAAUGAGCUCAACUCAUCCGUUUCCCAGCUGGAGGCCCCCCGCUCCGGCUCCAUGUCUAAGUCAAUAAGUCAGGAGAAGGAGGAGAAGUGCCUGGUAAACCUCGCCCAGUUAGGCGGAGGCGGGCUGGGGGUCGUCAGUGGGGACAGUGUCCGGCCCGCUCAGCCCUGGGAGGGCUUCGGCUCCGGGGAGAGAAUCAGCGAGAACGGCUGCCUCAUAGAUGAAGUGUGCUGGGACACUCGCAAGGAGGACCACUUCCAGAAAGAGAGCACUUACACCAGCUACCUGGACCGCCUGUUCAGCCGGAAGGAAGAGGUGGUCGCAGAAACUGUGGCUGCCACGGAGACAGAGCCCUCGGAGGUGAAAGAGCUGGAGGAGAGCUUCCUCUGCAGGAACACAGAGAUUGUGCUCAACAUGCAGCUGGACGCUCUGGCCCUGCCCGGCUUUGACAGCACGGAUGACUUGCCUCUAAAAUCCAUCCAGGCGUCACUCACCCCCUGCGCUGUCAAAUGUUCGCCACAGAUCGCCCACAAAACAUACAGCAGCAUCUUCAAACAUCUUAAUUAAAAAAAAUACAGUACAUCCUCCCUUACAGUGCAAAAACUAGGCAGUUUUUUAUGUUCUUUUUUAAAUGACAUGGUAUAUUAUUGUACUUGAAUCAUUUCAUACCUUUUUUUAUUAUGGUUACUUUUAAUUUUGUUUUUUAAGAGUUGAGGGUUGGUUUAUUAUAUAUAAAGAGUUUUGGUCAUCACUCUGAGCCUUUAUCACCAGGCCUUCAUGGGUUAAUGUCUACGCCCUCAUUGCUAAACUGGCAUGUCACUCGCACACUUAAAGUACUGUAGACAAACAGAAUUAUCUGGAGAAAUAGAUGGAAGAAAGGAAAGAGUUCUGAUGUAGGAGAUGGAGUUUGGCUGUUUGGGUGUGACAUAAGGAAGGAUGGUAGACGCUAACAUUGCUGUAGGCAUUUUAAGUGCUUUCAAACAAUCUUUCCUGGGAUGGGAUACAAGAAAAAGGGGGGGGUGGGAUGUCCUUUUUUUAAGAAAAUGUUUGACAUUUUGUUUUUCCCUGGAGAAAGCUUCCUUAAAAACCCUUUCAUACUGUAAAUCUGACACAUGAUGCCAGCAGCAACCAUUAUCGUAGGCGUUAAUGUAAAUGUGUUAUCUACCUCAAGGUAACAGCCGCGAGAGACACUCGAAGCCGCACUAGUGCUUUACACACAUGACCAUCCUCAUGCCAUGAAAUGAAGUGGUCGCGUAGAUGAAAUCUGUCUCACUUUAGCAUUUAACAUAGUGAGGUGUUUCAGUAAUCAUUAUUUAUUUCUAGCAGAUGUGCGAUAUUUAUUUUAUCAGAAAUGUGUUAUUUCAAUGUGAUUAUUGAAGAUCGAGGAGUUGGACAGACUUCCAGUUUCAUUUCGGCACUAUAUGGGUGUGUAAGUGUUCCUUUGUUUUACGGUAGGAUGCAAAUUCAUCUGUUUUGUUUGAGAAAGAGCUGAGGCUUUCCGUUUUCCACCAAUACUGUCCAAAUGGAUAUCAUUUUUUGUUUAUUUUGUUUUUUAUUUAUAGGUGCGUUCUGUCUUUAGUGAAAAAAACUGCUUUAUGGUUUAAAGAAGCGCCUAAAGUCUUAAUUUUUUAUCUAAAUGUAAUGUAAAAAAUGCGUGCAUGGAGGCAGGAGAAAGGUACAUUUAAAGUAAAGUUAAUGGUGAGUAUAAUGUACGUCAGUUUUAAUUGUACGUUUUUGUUAAAUUUCUAUGUACUUUUUCCAGGCAAGCAUGAUGAAUUAGGUUAAGGUGUAGCAUGUAGAACACUUAUGGACUUUUUUUGUAAUCAUUGGUUCCCCUGUUCUACAAAAUAUCUCAAAAUAAAAUUACUGGCAAAGA